GGAGGGCUACAAAUAGUGCAGGCGGCUAAGGGGCUCUGUCUCCCCUCGUCGCAUCCACUCUCCAGCCGGCUGCUCGCCCACUGCCUCCUCCGUGCGCCCGCCCAGCCUCAUCCACCGCCACCAUGAGCCAGGCCUACUCGUCCAGCCAGCGCGUGUCCUCCUACCGCCGCACUUUCGGCGGCGCCCCGGGCUUCUCGCUCGGCUCCCCGCUGAGCUCGCCCGUGUUCCCCCGCGCAGGCUUCGGCACCAAGGGCUCCUCGAGCUCGAUGACAUCCCGCGUGUACCAGGUGUCGCGCACGUCGGGUGGGGCCGGGGGCCUGGGGUCUCUUCGGGCCAGCCGGCUGGGGACCACCCGCGGGCCCUCCUACGGCGCGGGCGAGCUGCUGGACUUCUCACUGGCCGACGCAGUGAACCAGGAGUUCCUGACCACUCGCACCAACGAGAAGGUGGAGCUGCAGGAGCUCAAUGACCGCUUCGCCAACUAUAUCGAGAAGGUGCGCUUCCUGGAGCAGCAGAACGCAGCGCUCGCUGCCGAGGUCAACCGGCUCAAGGGCCGCGAGCCGACCCGCGUAGCUGAGCUGUACGAAGAGGAGAUGCGCGAGCUGCGGCGCCAGGUGGAGGUGCUCACCAACCAGCGUGCCCGAGUCGACGUGGAGCGCGACAACCUGAUCGACGACCUGCAGCGGCUCAAGGCCAAGUUACAGGAAGAAAUCCAACUGAGAGAAGAAGCAGAGAACAACUUGGCUGCCUUCAGAGCGGAUGUAGAUGCAGCCACUCUAGCUCGCAUUGACCUAGAGCGCAGAAUUGAAUCUCUCAACGAGGAAAUCGCAUUCCUUAAGAAAGUACAUGAAGAGGAAAUCCGUGAGCUACAGGCCCAGCUUCAGGAACAGCAGGUCCAAGUGGAGAUGGACAUGUCCAAGCCAGACCUCACAGCUGCCCUCAGGGACAUCCGGGCUCAGUACGAGACCAUCGCUGCUAAGAACAUCUCUGAAGCUGAAGAGUGGUACAAGUCCAAGGUAUCCGACUUGACCCAGGCAGCCAAUAAGAACAAUGAUGCACUGCGUCAGGCCAAGCAGGAGAUGAUGGAGUAUCGACACCAGAUCCAGUCCUAUACCUGCGAGAUUGAUGCCCUCAAAGGCACUAAUGACUCCCUGAUGAGGCAGAUGAGGGAGCUAGAGGACCGCUUUGCCAGUGAGGCCAGUGGCUACCAAGACAACAUUGCACGCCUGGAGGAAGAGAUCAGGCACCUCAAAGAUGAGAUGGCCCGCCAUCUACGCGAGUACCAGGAUCUGCUCAAUGUGAAGAUGGCCCUGGAUGUGGAGAUUGCCACCUACCGGAAGCUGCUGGAGGGCGAGGAAAGCCGGAUCAAUCUUCCUAUCCAGACCUUCUCUGCUCUCAACUUCCGAGAAACCAGCCCUGAACAAAGAGGUUCUGAAGUCCACACCAAGAAGACUGUGAUGAUCAAGACCAUUGAGACCCGGGAUGGAGAGGUCGUCAGUGAAGCCACACAGCAGCAGCACGAGGUGCUCUAAAGCCAGACAUCAUCCUGGCCCCAUCCUCACUGCCUCUUGAAGCCAGCCUCUUCCACUCUCCGAUGUCACACUCAGCACCUUCCUCCCCUCACAGCCUCUGACCCUUCCUCACUGGUCACCCUUUUGUAGUCUUUAUCCUGCUCAGCCCCAGGAAGCGCCCCAGACACCCCUGAGAUCCUACCAUGAGUUCUGGGGGUGGCAGUUGAGUCUGGAUCUUAUGACAGAUAGAGGCCAGCUCAAGUCAUGACCCUGCCUCUCCCACUUUCAUGACCUCAGGCUCUAGCCUCUGGCUUUGGAGAAGGUACCAGAGAGGAUGUUGGGAUCUGCAGGGUCAGGACAGAGUCCCAUGGACCACCUCACCCCCUACCCCCAGCCUGGGUCAGAUAUAGUGGGAAGCCUCCUCAGCAAGCAGAGAUGGAAAAUGAGGGGCUUGAAACUGUCCCACUGGCCCCUCUCUUUCCCAUCCCCAGCCCAGGAUAGACUUAGAAAGCAGGGGCUAUUAGAGGGAACCCCGAAGGUGCCGGAUGUGGGAGCAGGAGAUGCAGAAGGAGAAAGGGUGGGUAAGUUGCUGGAGAGGAGAAGAAAGAGAGGCAAAGAGUGGGCUCAGGCUGACAGGAGGGCACCACCUCCCACGCCUGCCCCUCCCACUGCAGGGGCCCUGGACAGAAACAAUAAAGAGCCAAGCACAA